AUGAAAGAGCCGGAUAAGCUCCCUCCAGGCUUACACUUUCUCCCACUUCCACUUGUUGUGGGUCCCAGGUUUAGGGAGACACCAGGCAAACGAUUGACAUUUUAUUAUGAAAAUGAAGUCUGCAAACAAGAUUUCUUCAUUAAAUCACCACCUCCUCAGCUUUUCUUCUCCAUGCCCUCUUGGAAAAGACGGCUAUUCAUCCUGUCAAAGAGUGGGGAAAGAGGCUUUCGUCUCACCUAUUACAAAGACCAUCAUCCUCGUGGUUCCAUUGAAAUUGAUGAAAACUCCAUUGUUGAAGUUGGCAUGAGCAGCCAGGAAAAGCUGCAAUCCGUGCAGAAAAUGUUUAAGUGCCACCCCGAGGAAAUAAUGUCCAUCAGGACCACAAAUAGGGAGUAUUUCCUCAUCGGCAAUGACAGGGAGAAGAUUAAAGACUGGGUCUCCUUCAUGUCAUCGCUUUGCCAGGGGGUAACAGUCACAUAUCAGUGCACAGAGGAGAAACACUCCAUGAGAGAGAAAAGGCCCAUCUCUGAUCCCAGCCUUUUGCUUGCUGCUUCUAACACGUUUGAUGCCGUCAGCACCACCUCAUCAAGAAGCAGCCUUCCGUGCAUGCAUCUAAUGAAAAAAAGCUCUCCACAAUCUGAGGAAGAUCAUCUACCACAUUUCUACCCAGAAACCACAGAAGAUACAGAAGAGAAUUACUAUCUUAGUCCUCGAAGUGUUCUUUCAGAGCUGGAAAAUAUUGAUUCUGGUGAUUCAAAAGACUUGAUCAAACAUGACAAUACAAAACAGAACAUGAGCUCUGAGGAUUGCUAUAUGUCUAUGAAGCCAUGUUUUUUCAAGGAAAUACCACAUGAGCCUGCUGAGAACCAACAGGAGCUCCAGCUCCUUCCAGAGACACAGGAUAGAGGACUACACCUGCAGGAACAAGGCUUGGGAAGUGAUUCGUGUCUCACACCUUCCAAUACAGAAGCACAGACCACAAAUGAUAGAAAGGGGAUGACCUCACUAACCGUUGUGCAAUUGUCUAUCUUAAUCAACAACAUCUCUGAUGAACGCCAAGUGGAGACACUGAACUUGUUCCUUCCUCCUCCUGAUCUCAUAAACUACCUUGCUCUCGUCCAAGCCGCAGGACGGAUAUGUGUGGCUCGCUGGGAAGGCCCCCCACACCUGGGAUGUUUAUUCUGCCACGGAGAUCACGUUUUGGCUGUGAAUGAUCUGAAGCCCCAGAACCUGGAGGAGGUCUCCUUGUUUCUCACUCGGUCCAUCCAGAAAGAGAAGGUAAAACUCACCAUCGGUCGGAUCCCAAAUUCAGAAAAAUUCCAUGGUCCAGCCUGCACGUGUUCUCUUAAGCACCAAGAAGUUGCAGCUCUUCGACAGAACAAGUCGGCCCUGGAAAAGACCCUACAGAGGUGUGCAGCCAUUAAAAAGGGCCACCAGAAAGGAGCGAAAGAUUAGCCUGUCAAGGAAC